CUCAGCCAGGACACAACUUUGGGGAAAACGAAACUGCCAGGAACAGGCACAGCACCACAGCCCCGCUCUCCUGCAUCCGGUCCGCACGCCAUCCGCUCCGCUCCGCACCAUGAACCCCAGCUCCCAGCCCUUCCUCCCGGGCGCCCGCUCCGCGCUGGCCUACGAGGUGCUCAAGGAGGAGCACGAGGUGUCGGUGCUGGGGGGGCCCCAGGGCGCGAUGCCCUCGAGGACCACGACCGUGAUCAACGUCCAGACGGACACGGUGGUGCCCGACCACAUCGUGUGGUCCCUGUUCAACACCCUCUUCUUCAACCCCUGCUGCCUCGGCUUCGUGGCCUUCGCCUUCUCCGUGAAGUCUAGGGACCGGAAGAUGGUGGGGGACGUGAUGGGGGCCCAGAGCUAUGCGUCCACCGCCAAGUGCCUCAACAUCUGGGCCGUGGUCCUGGGCCUCCUGAUGACCGUUGGACUCAUCGUUAUGCUGGUCAUCCUGCUCCCGGGAGCCAUCCGUGCAGCGCAGGCAAACUACGGAGGCGGCUUCUAGUCGCCGCCAUGACAGUCUAGGGACCGGAAGAUGGUGGGGGACGUGAUGGGGGCCCAGAGCUAUGCGUCCACCGCCAAGUGCCUCAACAUCUGGGCCGUGGUCCUGGGCCUCCUCGUGGUCCUCGCCGUCAUCGUCGCGGUCAUCGUGGUUU